CAUCGGUGGGGUACUCUUCAAUCUCUCUAAGUAAAAAGAUUUAGUUGUAAGAAACCGAGCGAACUAGUGACAUGUGCAGCUUUCAAACAUUUGCAAACACCCAGUGGGUCUAAAAUGGGACACUUCGAAAUAAUCUUCAUUUUACUCUUGACUCUCCAACUAUGGGAAACUGUAUCAAUCACUCGACCCGUGCGAAACUUUCAUCCUCCCACCGACUGGGAAUUGGGGCUGCGUGAGUCCGUGCAUCAGGCCCUCCUCCGGGAACACUACACCGACCCGGGGCUCCGCGACCGCCUCCUGGCAGCCCCUUUUAUCAACCGACAGGACGACGCAAGUCCUUUCGGAGACAUCGCCGUUCUGGCACGAGGACAACUCUACAUAACCCCUGAAGGUUUCAAAUUUGUUCAAGACGUGGACUGUGAUUGUCAAAGAUGCCUCACGUCGCCCCAAUGCCAGUGGAAAACCUUCGGUCACCAUAAACUACUCGCACUGUGGACGGUGAAGCGGAUAAGACAUCGGGACCCCCAUUAUGGGCACGUGUACGAAAUCGAGUACACGAUUUCGCCCAUCACGCACACCAUCAGCGAGGAUUUGGUCAAAAGACAUGGGUUUUUUAACUAUAACGUCCCGGGACACAUUUUCGUGAUUAAGAGCGAUCCGGGUGUGAACACAGUUGGACAAAAAGAGUGGUUCAAGAAAGAGGAAGAUCAUGGACACUACAAACCCGGAAUUUUAAUACAAAUGACCCCGGAUGGGUACAAACACGUGUUGCACAGUUUUCCCGGAUUUUUCACUUCAUACCACGACCAAACAACAAUCGAUCCAAAAGAAUACGAACUGUACAAAAAAUUGAUCGAGUCAUUGGCGGCGAAAACAUCAAGUGGGCCUCACCGAUUCUCAGUUACGACUCCUACGACUACGACUUUUGUCGUAAGUGAAGGACAAUUAAUCCCGAUUACGACUUUACCGACCCAAAGUUAUACAAAGUCGCCGAAACCCAUCACAACCAUUCAUUAUUACACUCCGGUUGAGACAACAACGGAAAAACAAGACGAGAGUUUUGAUAUUUUUUCGGAGGCGUUACGCACAACUACUACGAAAAAAAUUACGACAAGUGAAGAACGAGUUAAUUUGUUCCCGGUUAGUCCAACCGAACCGAUGAAACCGGUUACGGAAGUUCCGAAACACACACGACCGGAUUCAAUCAGUGAACAACUUCCAGCCCCUGAUCGAAACGUUGAAACUACAAUUCCGUACGUUACCACGACUCAACCUUCGGUUAGGAAAGAAGAAAGUACCACAAUUGAAAAAGUACCGUAUACAGAGCAGAAAACUACAAUUAUUGGGCCCUUUACGACCGAGAGGGUUAAAAGUACUACGUUUUAUACCACUGUACCGAAAAGUAGUACGGUGAUUGAGGCGGUACCCGUUAGGACUUUACACACUUCAACCAGUCCCAAAACCACUUCGACUAGCCCCAAAACAACUACUAUAAUAGAAGCAGUUCCCGUCAGAACUCUGCACACGUCAACCACUUUUCUACCAUCGUCUAGCCCCAAGACUAGUAGUUAUGAAACCACAGUAAUAGAAGCAGUACCCGUUCGAACUUUACGACCUACAACUGGUCAUGAUACCACUUUUUCCACAUCAUCCAGCCCCAAAACCACCAGUUAUGGAACCACUGUGAUAGAAGCAGUGCCAGUCAGAACUUUGCACACUUCAACCAAUCAAGGCACUACUUUUCUACCACCGUCUAGCCCCAAAACUAGUUACAGAACGACUCUAGUAGAAGAAGUACCAGUUAGAACGCUACACACUUCAAGUAGUCCUAAAACUACUACCACAAUCCAAACAAUACCCACUACAACUCCAUAUGGUUCAACUACUAUAGUAGAAGCUGUACCAGUCACAACCCUGCAAGGUUCUACUAUCAUAGAGGCGGUACCUAUCACAACUCCAUACCUGUCAACUAGUUAUGGUACGACUGUAGUAGAGGCGGUACCCACUACAACUCACCCGAAAAAUACGUACGAGACAAUAGCAAAAACACCCAGUUAUGAAACCACUAUACCAGAGAUAGUACCUACGACCACUCGGAGUCGAACGAGUUAUGGUACCACUUUAGGAGAACCCGAAUCUGUGACAACCCACCCUAAACCCACCACAGUCACGGAAUUUUAUUUCGAAUCAAAGCCAAAAACAACAGUAACGCAACAAAAAUUCACAAUCCCUACGACUACCACUUAUUAUACGCAAACCCCGACUCAAUACUUAAAAGAAGCGACUUUCACGACAAAGAAAGUACCUCGAGUGACCAUAACUACCCCAAGCGACGAUUUCUUGCUCGAUUCAGACAUCGAGAAAAAACCGAAAAUACCCGAGAAAAAAGAUUUCGACGUCGAUGAUAUUUUCGGAACAGUGUCGACAAAAUCGAGUACCGAACCAAUAGAAACCACCACGAAACAAUUGAUACAAUCUGAUGUUUCCCGGGCUUUAUUCGGGCGCGCAAAACAAGUAAAAAUCAGUUCGAAAAUAAGAAAAUCAACGAACCGACCGAAAAUUAUUUAUGGAAAUUUCUACGCCCCCUCGACUCCCAAUCCCACUAAUACCCUUUUGGGUACUACUGUGGAUACGGAUGGAUACGAGACGACGACCGAAAUUCGGCCCUCGACCGAUCAGAGCAUCAGCACGUCGAUAAGUUUCGAAGUAAAUAAGAGAAAUAAAUCGGAGGAUACAACAGCGUCAAGUACAAGCGAAACGAAAAAAGUUUUCGACGAUCUAGCCCUCCAAUUAGUGAAUCAUGCCCGAACUAUCGAUUACUUACAGAAAAAACCGUCAAGACAGCCGAAAUAUCGCAGACGAAGCUUUGCGACGCGAAAACGAAGUCAGAGAAAAAAUACUAAGAGUGCGAAUUGACUGAAGUGAAUUAAAAAUUGCACAAUGAGUUUUUGUGUCGUGCGAAAGUCAAAAAUAAUGAGUCGUCAUUGACCUCGAAAUGUAUUAAAUUCGGUAAGACAUGUCAUAAGAUUUUUAUUUUUGUUAUGAUAAUAAAAAAUCAGAAAUGAUAAU